AUGGCCUCAGCUGCAACCGAUCUCUUGAUUGGCAAAGUUGUAGGCAUUCUUGAGAGCGAGGCAUCCUCCAUAGUAGGUGUUCGUGAUCAAGUUGAUGAGAUUAAGCAAGAGCUUAUAAGCAUGAAAUCUGUUGACGCAGAAAAAUGGUUCUGCACUUUCCCGCGCAACUUAGUGAUUAAGUCUCUUCGGUAUCUGAUGUCCUCGGUAGGGUGUGCGAUCUGUAAGAUAGCAAACACACGAGUUUCGAUGUGGGACUCUGGGCGUCAAUCGUGGAGCUGCCACGUGCCAGAGUGGGCAAGGAGUCCCCCAAGUCCCCUUGCGAGUGUCUUCGGAAGGGGAUUUGAAUUCGUCCUCGGGAGGAAACACGGCCUUACCGUUCGGUAA